UAAAAGUGCAAAGCUCAGAGGCUGAAGUUCCAAAAGAACAAAACACUUCUUGCCAGAACGUCAUUCAGAUACCAUCAGGUUACAUUCUGAUUUUGUCACAACACAGUGAAGUUCCUGUGAUCAUAUGUAUUUUGGGGAAGGGGAGUGACAGAAUAAACAUUGAAAGCAAAACAUCUACAUGAGAAAGCUGUCAUAGUGUCUGUCACUGCUUGUCUCUUGAUAAGGACAUAAUUUCUGCAGUAAUGGAAACUGAAGCAGGAAACAGGAGAGUGAUGGAAGAGGUGGGGGGCAAAGAGAGCACAUCCUUCCCAAAUUCCAGCCAGGAAGAUGUGCAAAACAAUGAAGUGUUCAAGGAGGAUCUCCGAGCUGCACGCAGGAUUGAGAAGUUUGACAUCCCACUGGACAAUUUGAAAAUGAUGUUUGAAAAAACAAGCACAACUUCAGUCCUGUCACCCAAGAAAGUUGGCAAAAAGGAAGCAAAGGUUACAAGAAGCACAUUGUCUUUAACAUCACCACAGAAAAGUCAGCCGGAGAAGCAUCCUACUAGUUCCUCAGGAGAAACAGGCUAUACAGGGAGAAGUGCAUCAACUGGAGACAUGUCCUUCGAUGCUGAUCAAAACAGCAGAGCACCAGAUUCUGUUGAUCUUGACAAAUCUGGAAGUGAAAUAGUAGAGGAAGCUGAGUCUCUGAGCUGCAGUGUCCCACCAGAUUUGCUAGAAACUGUACCUCUAAAGCAAAGAAUGGCCAUGUACCAAGGUGCUGUCUUGAAGAAGGAGAGCCAUGCCGCUUCUUCCAGUGGUAUGGAUGAGUCCGACAUCUGCACACUGCCUGGUGGCUUAGCUAGUGUGAAGAAGCAAUUUGAAAUACAGGAAACUGGAUCUUCACAUAGCACAGUUAGCCAGUACCAGUACCAGCACAAAUCCGUACAGGAAGUGAAAACUACCAGUGAAGUCAUUGUUCAUCAUACAAUAAGUAGUGAACACAAAGAAAAUGUUCCUCCAUCUGUAUCACAGUUUUCAACUGCUCACACAGAAAAGGCUUCUGUAGUGGAACACAGUUCCCAUCAAUCAAAUAUGGCAUCCAGUUCAGAAAACCAAUUAGAUGUAAGAGGUGCUCCUCUAGAUGAAGAAAUUCCUAAAGUUUCAACACAGAUAUUGAAGCAACAAUUUGAAAAAACGGCCAAGGAAAACAUUCCUCAGUCCAACAUGAUGUCACCAUGUCCCAUAAAGGAGGCAAAGCCAGAGAAACAGUUUCAGAAGUUUGAAGCAUCUGAUACAGCAUCUACCUCUGCUAGUACUUCCACAAGCAAGAUUUAUGAGUAUGCAAAACAUGAUGCUAAGACAGCUACUUCUUCAGCUGGUAUCUACUCUGCUAACUCAGCAAGUUUAGAGGAAUUUCCUCCUCCACCACCUGAUUUACUACAGACACCAAAUGAAACAAUGGACUAUUUUUCAUCUCCUGAGCCAUCUGUUUCACCAACAAAGCAAAUACUUUCCAAAGAUGUAUAUGCAAAACAAAGAAAUUUGUAUGAAUUAAAACGUUUAUACAAGCACAUUCACCCAGAAGUAAGGAAAAAUCUAGAAAGAAAUUAUUUUGAAGAUGUUACUGAAAUGGUAUCAGCUGAAGAUGAAAUAGAUGAUUUCAUCAGAGGAGAAGUACAGAAAGUUAAGUAUGUUUUUGAAAAUACUGAACAUAGUCCGCAAAAGUGUAUGAGCCCAGAACGGGAAUACCUAGAGUGGGAUGAAAUACUUAAAGGAGAAGUGCAGUCAAUGAGAUGGAUGUUUGAGAAUCAGCCUUUGGACUCCAUCAAGGAUGAGUCUCCAGACCAAAUCAAAGCAAAAGGCAUUUCACAGCAAGAAAUCAUAGCAGGUGGAGAUGUUAAAUAUACAACAUGGAUGUUUGAAACACAGCCUAUUGACACUCUAACUACACAUGUUUUAGGUCCUUCAGACAGUGAAGACAAAGUCCCUGACCUAGCUAGAGGUGAUGUUCGUACUGCAACUUGGUUGUUUGAAACACAACCAUUAGACUCCCUGAAUAAGAUUUAUCAAGAAGGAGAUCAGUCAUCAGUUAACUCUACCAUAAAUGAUAUUGCAGGAGGAAAUGUUAAAACUGUAAAAUACUUAUUUGAAACCCAGCAUCUUGAUAGCAUUCAAAAUGUUGAUUCAGUGGAAGAAAAAACCUUCCUAAUGCUUAAAUCUGAACUAGAAGAAAUAAAAGGAGAUGUGAAAAAAACUACAAAACUAUUUGAGACACAGCCACUUUAUGUCAUUAGAGACAAUUCAGGCCAGGUGUUAGAGAUUAAAACAGUUAGCAGAGAAGAUAUUGAAAAAGGAGAUGUUAGGACAGCACGAUGGAUGUUUGAAACUCAACCAUUAGAUAUGAUAAAUAAGGACACAUCACAAGUAAAAGUUGUUUGUGGCAUUUCUAUGGAGAAUGCUAAAGGUGAUGUAAAUAAAGCUAAGUGGCUUUUUGAAACACAUUCUCUGGACACAAUCAAAGAUGAAACAGAGACAACAGUCAGGGAAAAAGAAGCCAUACUGGGUGCAGAUGUCCGUAGACAGUGCUGGAUUUUUGAAACUCAGCCAUGGGAUGUUUUAAAGGAUAACUCUAAUGCAAAACCAGUAUCAACAGAUGAAAUCAUAGGUGGUGAUGUUCACACUGCAAAGUUUUUGUUUGAAACAAUACCGAUGGAUACUUUAAAAGACAGUUCAGAAGUGGGCAACCUGAACAAGGUUGUGGCAUCUGAAGAAGAAAAAGGUGAUGUAAGACAUCAGAAAUGGUUAUUUGAGACUCAACCACUUGAUCAUAUAAGAGAAGACAAAAAAGAGUACAUAAAAACUGUAAAAUUAGAGGAGACUGAAAAGGGAUAUGUCAGUGACUAUAAACAUGCUUUUGAAACCAUGGACUUAAGCAAACAUGACCAAGGUGAGAAAAUACAAAUUGAAGGUGUUGUCAGUGGAGCGGUAAAGUCAAACAAAGCUCUCUUUGAGUCUUCUCCUUUAUAUGCUAUCCAGGACAGUGCUGGUAAAUACCAUGAGGUAAAAACUGUAAGGCGAGAGGAAAUUUUAAGAGGUGAUGUAAGAACCUGCAAAUGGAUGUUUGAAACAAAGCCCAUUGACCAGUUUGAUGAGAGCAUACAGAAAUUUCAAAUUAUUAAAGGAAUUUCCAAGGAGGAAAUACAAGCAGGCGAUGUUAAAACAGCUAAAUGGUUAUUUGAAACUCAGCCUCUUGAUUCUAUUAAAUAUUUUAGUAAUGCUGAAGACAUGGAAAGCGAAGCAAACCAAACAACAGAAAUCGUUAAAGGAGAUGUACAAACAUGCCGAUGGUUGUUUGAAACUCAGCCAAUAGAGUCCCUUUAUGAAAAAACAGACACAACAUCUAAUAUCGAAGAAAUUCAUAAAGGUGAUGUUAAAACCUGUACUUGGCUCUUUGAAACCCAGCCACUUGAUAUGAUAAGAGAUGACUCAGAAAACACAAUUAAAAUUCAUACAGUGAGUCAAGAGGAUAUUCAAGGGAGAGAUGUUCAGUUAGCAAGAUUCCUUUUUGAAACAGAGAACCUCGAUCACAUACAGGGGGAAGAAGGGAAAGAAUUUGGAAGGGUAACAGAAGUUGACAUUCAGUCUGGAGAUGUUUCCAGAAUGAAAUAUAUAUUUGAAAACCAGUCGCUUGACAAAAUCAGCUCAAAUUCAGAAGAAAUGCUAAUAAAAAUGAAGGCUAUGCAAAAAGAAGACAUUCAAAAGGGCAAUGUCUUAAACUGUACUUGGCUUUUUGAGAACCACCCAAUUGAUGCAAUAGCAGAAGAUGUCAAUGAACAGAAAUGUAUUCGCAGUGUUACAGAUAUACAAGGUGGAAAUGUUGGGAAAGGAUGUUUUAUUUUUGAGACAUUUUCACUAGAUCAGAUUAAAGAUGGGUCAUUUGAAGCUAACACUGCCAGCAUAAUCUGUAGAGAUGAACAUGAGAAGGGAAAUGUCAAAAAUUACACCUUGCUUUUUGAAACUCAGCCACUUUAUGCCAUUCAAGACAAAGAGGGACAUUACCAUGAAGUGACAACAGUUAGAAAAGAGGAAGUAAUGAGUGGAGAUGUUCUUGGAACAAGGUGGUUAUUUGAAACAAAGCCAUUAGAUAGUUUUAAUGAAACUGACGAAGUAUAUGUCAUAAAAGCUGUUACACAAGAAGACAUUCAAAAAGGGGAUGUUUCAACUGCCAGAUGGAGGUUUGAAACACAGGCCUUAGAUAAAAUUUCAGAAGAAAAGAAGAUUAUACAUCAUACAGUUGAUGAUGUACAAGGUGGUGAUGUAAAGGCGAACAAACAACUAUUUGAAUCAGAAGAGCAUGAUCAAUCUAAAUAUGUGAGAACAGUUAGUGUAAGUGAAAUACAGAAAGGUGAUGUUCGAACAGCCACCUGGUUAUUUGAAACCCACACUGUCAAUGACAUUAGAGGAGACAGUUCAGAUUACAAAGAGAUAAAGACAGUUAAAAAAGAAGAUGUACUAAAAGGUGAUGUCCAGCAGUCAAUAUGGCUAUUUGAAAAACAGCCUUUAGACACCAUAAAGGACAGUUCUGAAAGUGAAACAUAUGCAACAGCUAAAGAAGAAGUACCUCAUGCUGAUGUGAAGACAACCACAUGGCUUUUUGAGACAACUCCUUUUCAUGAAUUCAAUGAAAGCAAAGUUGAAAGACAAGAAAUCUUGGGGAAAAAUAUAAAACAAACACUGCAUGAGCUCUAUGGUCAUAAAGUAAUUCAAUCUCAUGGUAUCAUAAUUGAAGCUGAUGAGGUAGGAGAUGUAAGAAUGGCAAAAUACAAACUAAUGAAUCAGGAAACACCAGAAAUACAAAGAGAAGAUUUAAUUCAAGUAAACCUUCAACAGAUAAUAAUGGAACUGCUCUCUAAAACAGAGUCCACUGAGCGAACGGUCUUGAUAAAUGAAGAAGAGAAGGGUAAUGUCAAUUCAACUAUAGACCAGUUGUUAAACAGUUCAAUAGAUUACAGAUCUGAAAGACAGGAGGUCUUAAAAGGUGAUAUACAACAAGCAAUUGAAAGUCUCUUUAAUGAAGACAGUUCUGUGAAAAAGGGAAUUCUAAUUCAGGAAGAUGAAAGGGGGGAUGUCAAAAUGACCAUUUACUCAUUGCUUAAUGCACAGGAUACAAUUGAGAUACCGCAUGAUGAAAUAAUAAGGGGUGACAUUAAACGUACUAUUUAUAGUCUUAUGAAUUCUGCACAAAACAGAAGUUCUUCAGAGAAAUGUAAAAUAGAUGAAUCUGAACGGGGAAAUGUACAAUUUUACACAACAUGCAUUGAAUCUGGAGCAUUAGACUAUCUAAAACUUCUUCAACAAGGGUCAGACGAAACACUAGAAGGUGAAAAACAAGACGAGGAAAUAAUUGGUGGGGAUGUUGAAGGCACAAAGUUGAUGCUGAGGAAACAGCACAUGCAGGUUGAGCGAACAGUUACUGAUGCUGAUAUACUUCCUGGAGAUGUGUCUAACACUGUUAAGAUUUUUAUGACAGAACCACAGGCUAUCACUAAUAACAACAAGGAGGAAGUUGUAAAGGGCGAUUUAAAAACAACACUGGAAAUGCUUAGCCAGUCAGCAAAUCAAACAGCUGCGAUAGAGAAGGAAGAAAUUGUCAAAGCAGAUAUUACUGCAACAUUAAAAAUGCUUGAGGAAGCAAAACAACAAGUCAAAGAAAUCGAAAAACCAGAGGUUAUUCCAGGUGAUAUUAAAAGAUCAAUACAGUCUUUAGAAAAGGCAGUAACUUCAAAAGGAGACGUUUUCAAGAAAGACAUAGUCCAUACUGAUCUAGAAGCAACUCUGAAAUCAUUGAGUGAGGCACAGAAUGUUCAAAAAGAAAUAGAAAAGGAAGAAAUAAUCAAGGGGGAUAUUCAGACAACAAUGCAAAGCCUGCUUCAUGCCUCUACAGAAAAGAAGUCAACACACCAUCAAGUAACUAUUCAAGGUGAUGUAAGAGCUACCAUUCAGAGUCAAUCUGAAGAUGAAACUCAUGACAAGAGAAGUUUGGAAAAGGAAAGUAUUCCUAAGGUAGAUACGCAAGCCACCACAAAGAAUCCUACACAAGUUCAAGGACUUGCAGACCAUCAUGCUAUUUUUGCAGAUACAGGGAAGAAGUAUAAAAGACAUAUGUUAAGUCCAAAGCACAAGAGCAGCAUUCCUGUCUAUGAAAAAGUUGAUGAUGUCAUAAAGCACGACAUACAAGAAAAAGUGAAAUUCCACGCGGAACAGCUUGAAGGACUUACGUCAGACACUUCUUCUGCUCUUAAGAAAGUAACAAAGAAGGAGAAUGUUGGGAAAAGUGAGACUUCAAAAAUAAGUAGUAUGUCAAGUGUACAAAGGCCAAAGGAGCAAAGCAUAAUAGUAAGUCCGACUCAUACUGAAUUAUCACCUGGUACCCAUAAAACUAAAGGAAAACCAAUUUUAAUGCAUCAGUCUGAAGUAACUCAGCAGAUGACAGUUUCAUCAGAAACAUACCAGCCGAAGAAAUCCAAAAAUAUCUCUCACAGUAAUGCCAAAACAGUAACAGAAACAGUUAAAGAAACACAUAGCCCAAAGAAACAGGUUGGCAAAAAUGCUAUUAAUGUCAAAGAGAAAGAAUCUCAGCAGUCAGUGGACAGUUCAUUAUCUAAGACAGAGGUGUUCAUGUCUAACAAAAAACAAGAAUUGAGGUCUUCAAAAGAAGUACAUGAAACAAAAAUCAAACCAACGCCAAAGUAUGAAUCAACUAAGCAGAAUAUAAAAGCAGCUGUAAGUGGGAUAGAAAAAUCAAAAAUGGAAGCUGGAAAAAGAAAUAUAAAAUCUCAAGAAAUUACUAAGAAGGAAGUGAACCCAGUAAUUGUGAAGAAAGAAAAAACAGAAAUUCAUUUUCCACCACCACCUCCAUCCCCUCCUCCUUCCCUUCAUAUGUUUGAAGCUGACUUGCCUCUUCCUCCUCCCCCUCCACCAUCUCUAGAUUCAGAUGUUCACCUAUUUGCUUCUCAGACGCAUAUAGAAGAAAGGAAGUAUGAACAUGAGUCCUUCCCUCCUCCUCCACCACCAGUUGAUGGAAUGAAACCUGAAACUGAAUUUUUAGCUCCUCCUCUUCCUCCUCCCCCACCACCAUCUCCUGCUGUUACUGAGCUUCUGCAGAAAACAGAAUCAUAUGCAAAAUCUCAAACCUGGAGCGAAAAGCAAGCAAAAUCUUUACCACAACUAAGUAAAAAAGUACCUGCUGGGAAGCAAAUAGUAAAGCCAAGUAAAAUUCCUCAAGCAAAAACUGUUUCGAAGCCUGACUUUUUAAAAUCAGUAGAAAAAGCAAACACUAAAGAUUCUUUUGAUGCAAAAGCAGAUUCUUUAAUUGCUUUUUCUUCCAAAGAAGCUCUGCAAACUGUGAGUCAUGAAAUAACUACUGAAGUGAUGCAUUCAGUGGCAUUAGAUACUAAAAAAGAUGACCUAAAACAACAUGAUCCGAAACAUGAGAUGAAGCAAAUGAAAGUAGAUUCCCAAACCUUGCAGUCAUCUUCACAACCUCAACUCCCUAAGCCGAUUUCAAGGGUAACACAGCAAGAAACUACUCUAGUGAAAAAAGCAGUUACGUCCCAAACAAGACUACCUUCACCCACAGUGGAAAUGCCACAAAUGAAAUCAAAAACUUAUGUUAGAAAAUUUAAAACCCCAUUAAUGAUUGCUGAAGAGAACUAUAGAAAGCAACGUGAAGAGGCAGAAAAAAUGAAGACUAAAGUUUCUUACAGUAUGUCUGAAAAUGUGCAGGAGAGCGAAGAAAGCACAACCCAUAAAGAAUUUGAAGGUAUUUUACCAGCAGAGGAGAUAAAGGAUAUGCAAAGUAGCAAAAGUGACAUCAAUUCCUCCUCCACUUUGAGCAGAGAAAUUUUAAGCACUCAGGUUGUCAAACAAGCACCAGAAAAAAAAGUAUCCGAACAGCAGCCCCUUGCAACUCUGGUUGUGUCAUCUGCCGCUGAGCAACUAGAAGGUAUCUUGAAGACAUGUUCAGAAAAAAAGAGUACAAAAGAAGACAUAGUGCAGAGUUUUAAACAUUUUACAGAACACAUCGAUACUUGUGAAAAAGAACAUACCUAUGUUACAGAGCACAUCAAUACAACCCAGCCAAUAAAACCACCUGAGCAAUCAGCAGCACAUAAAAUUAAAACAAUUUCCCCUAAACUGAAGGUUAAAACUGUAAAACUCCCAGUGACUGAUCAAAAUAUUUCACUCACUAAGGAGCAUGAACUACAGAAAAAAUUAAUAAGACCGAUUCAGGGUAAAACUUCAACUAUACAGCAGAGUGAAGAAAAGCAGAUAGGGCAGAUGAGCGGUACAGAUGAUUUAAAACAAGAUGUCAUCGCGGAAUAUCAACAUAAGCUUACUAGCAAAGGUGAGCAGCUUGUGACUGAAACUAUAGAAAGGAAACUUGAAGUUACUUCAGGCCACAAAGCUUCUUCUGAUAAAAUAUAUAAUCUGAAAGGGAAAGAGCAAGUUUGUAAGAAAAUAAGUGAUGAAAAGGAAUAUAGAACCAUGCUGCCCAAGCAAGAAGUAAUUAAGCAAGAUGAAGUCCAGAUUCAUGGACAACAAAUAAAUAUGCAAAAAGAACAGAAAAACAUUAUACAUGGAAAGCAGGAACAAAGUAAAGAAGUACAUAAAAAGGUGGAUAUGCAGAAUAUAGUUAAAGAAAAUGAAAAACAUAUAAAUGCUUAUGAGCAGAGAGGUGUUGCCGAAAGACAGACUCAACAAAAAAUUCAGUCAAAGACAAAGACCAAAAUCAAAGAUGAUGCCACAAGCAAAGUAUCAAAUGAGAGGGAGGUACCAUUGAAAACAGCAAGCUUAAAAGAUGAAAUUAGUGUAGGCCAACAUCAUGGUUCAGAACAAAAACAGAAUGCAAGGAUAGAAGAAAAAGAUAAAAUAGAUAUAGUUGACAAACUAAGGCAGCGAGCAGAACUGCAGCAGAUUUUGUCUCGUCUGAAAGAAUAUGAAACAGGUUGCACUAAGGCUACCAUAACAGCAAUGAAUAUAUUCCUGAGUGGGAUUCCAACAUGGCUACUUGAUAAAGAAGAGCAUAUGGAUAUAUUGCAUACUGAAGGCAGUGAAUCCACUGAGAAAAUUAAAGAAAAACUGGAAUACAUUAGAAAUAAGGCAAAAACAAAGCUUGAUUACAUUGAAGAAGCUAUACAAAAUGUUAUGGUGUCAAAGACAGUUCUAAAACCUGAGAAAGAAUCAAGUAAGAAUGCUGUAAAGACAUAUGAGAAAAGUAAAAUUAGUUGUGACUUAGACAAACAAUCUAUGCAAAAGAAAUGCGAGAUUAUAGAAGAGAAAAUUAUACAACAUGAAACUAAACACAGAGAUUUUCAAACAGUGAUGCAAACAGAACAAAGAUCAUCUUCUCCUUCAUUAAAAAUGCGUUCACCAUCUCCAACUUAUAUUACAAUUGAAUCCGUUGCUAGACGUGCGGAGUCUUCUCAGGGAACAAGUGCCUCCCCAACACCACAUGUUCAGAGAGAAGCAACACCUCCUCCACCACCACCUCGCAGAUCAGAGACACCCGUAUCAAGAGUGCAUAGAUCUUCUACAUCUCCCUCUCCUACAAGAAGUCGGACUGAGCAACUUGCAAAAUUAAAAGAUACCACAGCUAAGCUAUCUCAAGGGGCAUCACAAAAUCGACCUCCAACACCUGUACAGGUCACAGAAAAAAAGUCUGAAAUUAUUCAGUCUCCUGCAUCCCUUCGUAGGCAGCUGAAAAUUGAAAGUCAUGUUAUAGAAACUGCAUCAACAGCAACAGCACCAGUAAGUGAUUCCGAAAUAACAUAUGGCUUAGUAAAGGAUAUCAAAGAAAUAUUUGAGGAAGCCAGGAGAACAGAGGAAAACAGAACAUAUGGGCGUAAAACGCCUAUAGAUAUUCCAGAACGCUUAGGUCCAGAUAAUGAUGAGCCAGAUGAAACCCCAUCAAAGCAAACUUCUGAUAUGCCCAAAAUCGAUCUGUCAGAGCUUGUAGAUAAGUUUGAAAAACCAAGAGAAAAGUUAUAUGGCAGAAAGGAGCCAUUUCCAGUGAAUGAAAGAUUAGCAAGUGACAGUGAAGAGGACAUUGAGAAAAAACAAGGUAAUGUUGAUCAAAUUCCAACAUUUGAUCUAAAAUCUGUCCGAAGCAAGUUUGAAAGCACCAGUCAGAGACAGCAAAUAAAACCAGAGAAGAAAAAAGUAGGUGCUGAACAAAAACAAUUGAUUUCUGAUGAUAACAAAAGCUUGCAAGACUUGAAAGGCAAUUAUUAUGAGUGGCAUGACAGUGUCAUAAAGGAGGAUUUGUUUCGUACGCAAACAUCACCACAGAUGGUACACAAAAAGAUAAGCGAUACUGGAAGGUCAUCUCCACUGCAUUCAUACUCUGAAAGAAGAUCAGCACAUGAACAGUCUGCAGGUUCUGCUAAACAAAGAAGCCAGAUAGCUGGGUCACACUCUGCGACAGCAAUAAGUUCCAGAGGCGGAGAACCAACAGCCAAUUAUAGGUAUGCACCUCCUUCUUAUGAGGAUGUAAUUUCUGGACACAUGCUGGAUAUCUCUGCAGAUGAGUCAACAGAGGAGCUUCUUAGGAAUUUUCAAAGGACAUGGCAGGAAAGUGAAAGAGUUUUUAAAAGCCUUGGCUACAAAGUGUCAGACAGUGAUGAAACCAUAGUACAAAGCAGUUUUCAUCAGGAAGGGACAUUUAUGACUGACAAGGAACUCUGCACACUUUGCCAAAAGACAGUUUACCCUAUGGAAUGUCUGGUAGCAGACAAGCAGACCUAUCAUAAGUCCUGUUUCCGUUGUCAUCACUGUAACAGUCAACUAAGCUUGGGAACCUAUGCAUCUCUCCAUGGGCAAGUCUAUUGUAAACCCCAUUUCAAGCAACUAUUUAAAUCCAAAGGCAACUAUGAGGAAGGAUUUGGUCUGAAACCACAUAAGGAAUCAUGGAAUUCCAAGAGUCCCCAAAGUGUAAUUAAUACUAGUAGUUCAGAAGAAAAUCACCUAGUUCUGGAUAACAAUGAGGACAUAAUGAACAUUUCUGAUGCCAGAUCACUUGUAGAAGAGCAAAAUUCUGACAACUUGGAUGGCUGUAUACUGAAGUCUGCAGAACGAGGUAAAUUAAGAAUUGCAUGGCCUCCUGUUGUUGAUACUCCAAAGAAAGCGUUUGUGAUUGAAGAGGAAGUGAAAGUCAAUAAGCCAAAAUGGCCACCAGAGGGUUCUUUGCAACAGUCAUUCAAUGAAGCAGCAAGUGAUGCUUUACUGUUUGGACAAAUGCAAACUAAAUCUUUAGAUGAAACAAAUGAGAAAUGUUUACAUGCAUCUGAGCAUCAGGAACCAACUGAAGUUCAGAGUGCAGUGAAUAUUGAAGUGAUAUCAGGUAGUAAUGGCUCUAAUCUCCUGGACGCCAGCACCUGUGAGCCAGAUGAAGAUGUAAAUGAAAGUGAAGAAAUCAUAACAGAAGAAGAGGAAGUGAGGCAAGGGAUCAAGAAUGAAACCUUCAUAACGGCAGAAGAGGAUCUCAAGCAAGGGCUCAAGAAUGAAACCUUCAAAACAGCAGAAGAUGAAGUGAAGCUACAAUCAGAGAGUGAAGCAAAUACAGGAAUAGAUGAGACAGGGGAUGUUGAAAAAGAGAAAUGUGAAGGUAAUUUGCAAGAAAUAAAGAAGAAACAGAAUGAGCAAACAGAGCUGUCUGAUUACACAGAUAUAGGUCAAGCUGCAGUAAGUGAAGAGGCAGUGAUAAGCACAGAACACGACUUAAACUGUAACAAUAACAACAGUUCUGAAGUUGAGCUUUCAAAGUUCAGUACAGAAGAAUUUGAUACUACAGGCUGUCUCAUUCAUCUAGAAGAUGGUAAUAAUAUCAAUGACAAAAUGGAAAAUCUGUUAGUUGAAGAAAAAGAAAAUGAUUCCAAAAUGAUGAGUGUGAAUGAUAAUUUUGAAUGUAAAACUGAAAGUUACUCAGAUAUAUUAUCUGUUGUGCCUGUUAUUAAAGAAGUAGAUUGCAUGACAUCAGAUCAUUUUACAGACACAGACUGUGAUAUUUCUUUAGAGGUAAAUGUAAGUAGUUUAGAUGAUGCCUCAGUGCAAAUGCAUAAUACAUACACAUUCCUAGAUGAUGAAAUUAGGAAGGAACCAGAACCAAAUGAAAACUCUGAACUAACUGUUUGCUCUAGUGCAGUCAGUAUGCCUACUUUGGAUAAAAAUAGAGAACAAGUCCUGGACAGCAGUGAGUUAUCCUCCAGGGCUAGCAAUGAAAAUGUUUCUGUCAUACUUCCUAAAGACAAAUCUGAUCCAGAGUUGAACAGUAAGUAUUUAGGAAGGACUAAUGAUAUGAAAGCACUAGACAGUAGUUUAAACUCUUCUGUGGAUGAUUUGCUAAGUCCAGAGUGGAGCAGUAGUAAUGUUGGUCAUAACUCAGGGGAAAACUCUGACAAUCUGACUGUAGAGGAGCAAAUAAAAAGAAAUCGAUAUUACGAUGACAGCGAUUAAGACAGGGCUCCUUAUAAGCACAACACUGAUUUAGACUUUUUUCAACACUGUGCACCUUUUUACUAUAUUAAUUGCAUUAUAUGUAAUUUAUAUUUUUAAAGGCUUUGUAUUUUAAAAAGAAAUUUCACUUCUAGACUUUGUUUUAUCAAGUUUUCAUUUUUUUAUAAUUCAAAUGUCCAUGGAGAGAUGAAGUAGCCUUAGCUUUAUCACUUUAAUAAACAAAAUUUAGCUGAAUUAAAUACAUCCAUUUUUUUGAAAGCAAGUUUGUGAUAUAUUUAGAUUUUAAAUAAAUACAUAAUAAGCACCUGGUGUGCAUUUAAUCAACAUAUAAUUUCUAAAACGGUAUUUUCAUUUCUUACUUCAAAAGAAAUUGAGCUGCUGCUCUAGCUUUAUAUAUUAUGUGAUUGUUCUUAGAACACACUGCAGAUUCUUGUUUUUAAAUGUUGUAUACAGCAUAAUAUUUCAUUUAUUCUAAUUGUUAUAUCAAAUUUUACAAAUAAGGGUAUUCAAAGGAUAUAUUUGCUGUUUUAUGUUUGUAUGAGCUUUGACUAGAUUAAUAGAUAUUGUUGUUAUAACAGUUUGACUACAAGUGUCUUUUUCUGCUGUUUUCUAUGCAUAAUAAAACCAGUUUUGAAAUGGUGCCAUGUAA